CCACCCUCCACUUAACUCAUCAAACCAUCACACCUUCCAAAAACCCUCAACCAACUAAACCCCCAUUUUCCCACCAUCUUUCUAGGUCGAUUGAGAAUGUCUGGCGUUUGGGUUUUCAAGAACAACGGGGUCAUGCAGCUCGUGGAGAACCCCGGCGCCUCCGACUAUGCGGAGAGCAAGCGUGGCGCCACCUCCAAGCGGAAGGUGCUGGUGCACCUUCCGUCUGGGCAGGUGGUGUCGUCGUACAGCUGCCUCGACCAAAUCCUGAGGGGUUUGGGGUGGGAGCGGUACUACGGCGGCGACCCCGACCUCUACCAGUUCCACAAACACUCCUCCAUCGACCUCAUCUCUCUCCCCAAAGACUUCAACAAGUUCAACUCCAUUUACAUGUACGACAUCGUUGUCAAGAACCCUAAUCUCUUUCAUGUCCGGGACAUGUAGUAUUCCUAGGUUUUCGGAUUCUCUGUCUGAAAGAAAAAAGUGUUCGUUUUUUUUUUCUUGGUUUAAUUUGAUUUGGUGUGAUGCAUGGGUUUAUUUCUAUAGCUUUGUAAAGAGCAAUGACUUGAUCUUGGAGUGUGCUUUUUAGGAUGGAUAUAAAUUGGUAGGAUUUUCGCUUUUUUUCUACUUUUUGUUUUGUAUGGAGUUUGUAAUCAUAUUUUUUCUCUCAUAAAAUCGACAGUUCUUGUUGAAUA